CUUGGCCCCACCCGUAAUUGACGAAAAUGCAGAAAAAGGCCGUUUUACCGCCGUAAAAGUGGGUGUGACCAAAAUUGCAGCACACUUCGCGCGCCAUCAGCACCCCCUUUCCAGAUUCCUACGUACACCCCUGAAUGUGGUUUAAAAGGUUGUUAUUCUCUUAAAUGAGAAUAACAUGUCUAGUCAUAUUGUCUGUACAGUGUCUCAAUUGUGGUAAUAUGAAAGAGAGAUCUGAGAAAUCACUAAUUACUUAUUUACAUGUAGCUUGUUCUAAUGCAUAAACAUGCAGCGAAACUAUAAAUAAGUCCGUUUGAGUGUUUCAUCUCACAGUUUCAUUACAGUGAGGAAUGAAGAUGUAUUCUAUUCUACUGGUUCUUUGUAUGACCUCUUAUUCAUUAUCUGCCAGUAGUACACUUGAUGGUACUUGUGUUAAUCCUACUACUUUGUCUUUCAUUGAGAAUUCACUGACUAAUAUCAGUGAUCAGCUUAAAGGAUCAUCCUGUUCAUCAGAUGGUGCUACUAGUGAAGGACUAACUGGUCUCCUUCAAUUAGCAUUAGUAAAGGAACUGGCAAAAGAUUAUAAGGACAAGUCAUGUGAUAAAGAAGAAAGGAGGCUAUUGAAAAGCAUCAAUGCAUCGAUUACCAACAAAAUACAGUCACUUCAAUCACAAGUGUCUUCUCUCUCAUCUGAUCUUAACAAGUUGUCUCGAUUGUUAGCAAAACAUGUUAAUGUGAGUUUAGAUGAUGAAGAAGAGGCUCCUUCAUCUCCUCUCCUCUCCUCAUGUGAUGCUAUCCUCAGUAAGUGGCCUAACAGUCCUUCAGGUUAUUAUAAUCUAGCUGAUGUUAAUGGACAUAGUCGUCAUGUAUACUGUCACAUGGAGACUCUGUGUGGUGAAAGAGGAGGCUGGAGAAGAAUAGCUAGUCUGAAUAUGAGUGAUCCUAAUGAGAAAUGUCCUACUCAGUUUAAAACUUACUCACAAAGUGGAGUUUUUGCUUGUGGUAGACCAGUGACUAAUAGUGGUAGCUGUGUUGGUAUAACAUUUCCAUCAAGAGAUAUAAAGUAUUCACAAGUAUGUGGUAAAGUGAUUGGAUAUCAGGAUGGAACACCAGAUGGAGCAGCUGCCCGUCAUGCUAGCAAAGUUAUAAACUCAGCAUACAUUGAUGGUAUUAGUCUAACACAUGGUAACCCAAGGAAACAUAUCUGGUCAUUGAUUAGUGGACAGUCAGAUGUUAAUGAAAAUUACUGUCCUUGUGCUAGUCAUGCACCUGUUCCAGUUCCAUCAUUUGUUGGUUCUCACUAUUACUGUGAAGCUGGAUGCCACCAAUCACAUGGAUCUGCUAAUACAUUAUAUUCUUCUGAUCCAUUAUGGGAUGGUAAAGGUUGUGGUAGUACUGAAACCACUUGUUGUCAGCGUACUCUUAUUCCUUGGUUCUAUAGAUCUUUUACUCACUCUACUACUGAUAAUAUUGAGAUGAGGAUAUGCUGUGAUGAAGGAACAAGUAAUGAAGAUGUUCCUGUUGGAGAAUAUGAAAUUUAUGUUAAGUGAAUCAAUUAUUGGACACAUAGUUUUUAGAGCUAGGCUUGUUUAGCUUUUUGAUGAUUUUAAAAGUGAUUAAUUACUUUUGUGAAAGCAAGAAAUGAGUAGUUUUGCUAUAAGUAAUAAAGAAUUGCAUUACAAAAGGCUCAUUAUUUAAAGGUUGUCUUCAUUUAUAUUCUACAUCAUGUACAUGUAUUCCACUGGUCCUUUGUACUACAGUCUACAUUUUAGCUAUAUACAUGUACAUGUACGCAUAUGUACAUGCAUCAGUACACAUUGUCGUAAUCUUUAUGACUCAACACAUAACAUACAUGUAUGCUGUGUAUUUGAGCAUCACAAUUAGUUUUACAUUAGCUAUAUUUCAGGCAUAAAUUCUUACUGUGUAGUGUAUAACCACUAUAAAUGAUCAUUAAAGUGUCUGUGUGAUUGUGAAUGAGGCUUAAGACUAAAGGAUUUGGUUAUAUCUUUGUUACUACUAGUACAAAGGAAGGGCUGGACUGAGGGAUUUAUGUAGGACAGCUGUGGAGUGAGUGAGAGGCUUGAACUCUACAAACAAUGGUCAUGUUCUUUAAUUGACUACUAACCAGUAAGGGCUGGACUAAUGGAGCACCUGAUAGUAGAGUAUUAGGAAAGGGUUCAUUAUUAGAUUAUAAUGUGGUUUAAAAGGUUGAGUGAGGCUAUAAGGGAAUAACAUGUCUAGUCAUACUGUCUGCACAGUCCCUCAAUUGUGGUAAUAUGAAAGAGAGAGAGAUCUGAGAAAUUACUAAUUACUUACUUUGUGGCUUGCCCUAAUGCAUAAACAUGUAGCAAGACUAUAAAUAAGUCUGUAUGAGUGUUUCGUCUCUCAGUUUCAUUACAGUGAGGAAUGAAGAUGUAUUCUAUUCUACUGGUUCUUUGUAUGAGCUCUUAUUCAUUAUCUGCCAGUAGUACACUUGAUGGUACUUGUGUUAAUCCUACUACUUUGUCUUUCAUUGAGAAUUCACUGACUAAUAUCAGUGAUCAGCUUAAAGGAUCAUCUAAUGGAGUGAGUGAGAGUAUAACGAGUGUCACUAGUCUACUCCAACUGACGAUGCUAAAGGAAAUGAUAGGAUCUUACAAGGAGAGCUCCACUAACAAUAGUAAUGAAGAAGGAUUGGCUUUACUGAAACGGAUUGAACUAAUACUAAACACUUCUACUGCUGACCUUAACAAUAAACUGGAGAACUUCACAUUAGACUUUAACAAUAAACUGGACACCAGCACUGCUGAACUUAGUACUAGACUGAGUGCUAUUGAACAAGAUAUUCCUUCAGCCAUUAGCUCACUGCAAUCACAAGUGUCUUCUCUCUCAUCUGAUCUUAAGAAGAUUUAUCAACUGCUGGAGGAACAUGUUAAUGUGACUGGAAAUUAUGAAGAGGCACCUCUCCUCUUCUCAUGUGAUGCUAUCCUCAGUAAGUGGCCUAACAGUCCUUCAGGUUAUUAUAAUCUAGCUGAUGUUAAUGGACAUAGUCGUCAUGUAUACUGUCACAUGGAGACUCUGUGUGGUAAAGGAGGAGGGUGGAGAAGAAUAGCUAGUCUGAAUAUGACUGAUCCUAAUGAGAAAUGUCCUACUCAGUUUAGAACUUAUUCAGAAGAUGGAGUUCGUGCUUGUGGUAGACCAGAUACUAAUAGUGGUAGCUGUGUUGGUAUAACAUUUCCAUCAAAAGAUAUAAAGUAUUCACAAGUAUGUGGUAAAGUCAUUGGAUAUCAGGUUGGAUCAACAGAUGGGGCAUAUGCAUUUCGUUCAAGCAAGGUUAUUAACUUACCAUACAUUGAUGGUAUUAGUCUAACACAUGGUAACCCAAGGAAACAUAUCUGGUCAUUGAUUAGUGGAUAUUCAGGUAUUGCUUUUAGUGGCUGUCCUUGUGGUAGUAACAAUCCAAAAUCUGUUCCAUCAUUUGUUGGUUCUCACUAUUAUUGUGAAGCUGGUAAUCACAAUACAGCAGCAUCCUAUACUACAUUAUAUUCUUCUGAUCCAUUAUGGGAUGGUAAAGGUUGUGGUAGUACUGAAACCACUUGUUGUCAGCGUACUCUUAUUCCUUGGUUCUAUAGAUCUUUUGGUUAUUCUACUACUGAUAAUAUUGAGAUGAGGUUAUGCUGUGAUCAAGAAACAAGUGAUGAAAAUAUUUCCUUUGGACAAUAUGAAAUUUAUGUUAAGUGAAUGAUCAAUGAACAAUCUUUUUGUAACUAUUAAUUCGAAUUCGUUACUUGAUUAUUUUGUCAACACAAGUUUAUUAAUCUGUACAUGUAUGUAUAUUGUACAGACAAACAUAA